CACACCUGAAAAUGAUUCACGAUAUUCUGUUCACGCUGUUCUCUUCAAACACCGAACUGCCGAUUGAAAACUUUACCAUUCCGGAGGUAGCUUCGACAUUCCUGCAUCCGGGUGAAAUACACAUCCUCGAGGAACUGAUUCGUAUAGCAAACCAGUACAAGGAGAUAAAAAAGUUUGUCCAACAGUAUGGUACGUUGACGGCCGGAUUGCUUAAGCCGAAGCAGCAAAAACCGACCGAAGAGCCACUCCCGCAAGGGCUCUAUCUGCAGGCGUUUGUUGAUGGGUUGGAACUGGUGGUGAAACCGUACCGGGAUCUUGUGGUAGAGCUGGAGGCAAAGUAUCUGAAGCGACCGAACCUUUCGUUGAUGUUUAUCUUCCAUCAAGUGAACCAGUAUCGGUCUUUGUUCGGAUUUUUGCUGCAGCUGAUCAGUGGUGUUGUGACACAAAGAAUUCACGGUUGUGCGCUGCUACCCUACCUGCAGCAGCAUUGUCUGCAUGGUAACGAUGCCAACUACCAGGCGGUGAAAAUCAUACAAAAAUCCGUUUACGUCAUAUUCUUGAAACAGCUGUACGGUUGGCUGAUGCACGGCAAGUUUGUUGACCACUAUGGAGAAUUUUUCAUCCAGCAGGUCGAAAGCAAUCCAAAAACUUCCAUCACUACUGGCGGUGCUGCGUCGCAGCCUCCGACCCACACGUCCGUUAAUACGUCGGACAGCGCUAGCAUCAACUCAGAACUGUGGCGAUACGAAAUUCGGCGGGAAAUGUUACCCUACUAUUUCCCUGCAAGCUGGGCCGAGAAGGUACUGUUCGUUGGACAAACCGUCCUUAUGUGUCACUUCGAUCCACGGCAACAGAUUGCUGACCGGAGCUCCGGUUCGCGCACUGGAGGUGAUUCGAAAGGCAGAAAGGGAGCAGCAUUAGCUGCGGCCGCCGGAAAGGAUAAUCUCUGGGGUGAACACGAACAGGAACUGUUCAGAAAGUUCCAUCAGCUACAAAACGAGGAAAAUCUCAACGUGACCAAGUUCGAGCAUUUGGUCGACGAAAUUAAGGAACAAGUCACGAAGCACAUGUCGAUGAUAGUAAUCGAAAAGGCGGACCUGGAACGUCAGCUACGGCUGAUGAAAGAUUUCUUUCUCCUCGGUCGGGGUGAACUGUUUUCCGAAUUUCUCACCCAAACGCAAUCGCUCAAGCUGCUCAUCGGGAAGGAAAUUAAUGAUGGUACUACGCGCGACUUAAACCGCGCCCUGCAGCUGGCCGCUAACAGUAUUAACGUUGGCGAAGACAUUGAUCAGUUUUCGUUCGAACUGCCCGGCAAGGAUGAGGUCGAGGAUAGUUUCUGUUACGAGACAAAAAGUGCCGUCGGACAUAUUAUGCUAAAGUACAGGGUGAAGUGGCCACUGCACCUACUCUUCUCGCCCCGCAUACUCGAGCGAUACAAUGAAAUGUUUCGGUUUUUGCUGCGCAUCAAGAAAAUACAGCACGAUUUGCUGCAGAUUUGGUCUUACCAGCGGGAACGGCGCAUGAAGCACAAUUCGGAAGUGGUACAGCUGCGCAACAAGCUUAUGUUUCUGAUCAACAAUCUGCAGUACUAUCUGCAGGUGGACGUGCUGGAAAGUCAGUUUGCCAUCCUGAUGGCAGCGAUCGCCAACUCGGCCAAGCAGGCAGAUUUCGAGCGCAUUCAGCGAGCACAUACGAUCUUUCAGGCAAACGUGCUUAGUUUGUGCUUUUUGCUGACCAGUUCGAACAGUGGGGAACCUUCCUCUCUUAGCACCACCACGAUGGCGGGCGUAAUACAGGUGCAGGAAAAUCCGGUGCUAACGAUUUUGGACAGCAUUCUUUCGAUUGUUGACCGGUUCUGCACAUUCUGUUUGCUCUGCAAGGAUCCGAUGACGAAGGUGGAACGACAGGAGUUUUUAACAUACGAGCAGGGAUUCAUGAAUCAUGUGGAUUCGUUGCUGAAGCUGUUGAUCGGACUCAAGGCGGGACCGAGCAGUGCACCGCUAUCCCAAUUAUUGCUUCGUUUGGAUUUUAAUCAUUGGUUCAGUUCGAAUACUCAAACAAGCGCAUCGUAA